AUGUCUUCAGGAGAUCUUGCAAAUGUUGAUGUGCUUAUUAUCGGCGCUGGGCCCUCAGGACUCAUGCUAGCAACAUGGAUGGCUCGUUUGGGUAUCAAAACUCGCAUAGUAGACAAGCGUUUCGACAGGAUAAACAGCAAGCCGAUGGUCUGCAAAGCAGAACCUUCGAAAUUUUCGAUUCCCUGGGUUUUGGCCAAGACAUUUGGCAACCCCGACGAGCAGCGCAAGUUAUACCGAUCAGACAUGAUUGUAGACACCGUGCCUGGACUUAGCCGAUUCCAACAGGCAACGCUCCAUCAAGCAAGAGUUGAAGAAUAUCUCCUGAGCUACAUUGAGAAGUAUAGUGACUUGAAGGUGGAAUAUGGGGUUAUGCCAGAAUCCCUUGAUAUCGAUACCGACAAAGUCGAGAGCGACGGUUACCCUGUUUCAGUUACCCUUCGAAGCUUACCCAGACCCGGCCCAGAGUCCCAAGUGUCACUUGACGUGGAGGACUCGAAGAUUCCCAACGGCCUCCAUAGAAGUAAUCUCACCGCUGAUACUACAGAUGCUCUGUUGCAGGAUGCUCAAGCUGCAGAUGGGACUUGUGCGACGAAGAUCAAGGCCAAGUAUGUAGUCGGCUGCGAUGGUGCGCACUCUUGGACGCGGCGCCAGAUCGGAUGCGUGAUGGAGGGCGAUCACUCGGAUUUCAUCUGGGGCGUUCUGGAUAUCAUCCCGAUCACGGACUUCCCCGACAUCAGAUAUCGUUGCGCUAUUCACUCUGCAUCUGGGAGUAUGAUGAUUAUUCCUCGAGAGAAUAAGUAUGUCAGGUUAUAUAUCCAAGUUACUGAAGUAGACGAAAAGGGCAAGCCAGUUGACAGAUUCGACAUCACCCCCUCAAAUCUACUUGAUGCUGCAAACAGGAUUCUUAGUCCGUACAAGAUCACCUACAACCACUGUCAUUGGUGGACUGCAUAUCGCAUAGGACAGAGAGUUGGCUCUAAGUUUAGUGCUCAUGACUGUGUCUUCCUCGCUGGCGAUGCAGUCCAUACGCAUAGCCCGAAGGCAGGUCAGGGCAUGAAUAUCAGUAUGCAUGACACAUACAAUCUUGGGUGGAAAGUGGCCUCGGUUGUGAAAGGCUGGGCGAACCGUUCAUUGCUUAAGACAUACAGCACUGAACGGCAGCAGGUUGCGAGAGAGUUGAUUGAAUUUGAUCGAAAAUUCUCUCAUCUUUUCUCAGGUCGGCCUGCUGAGCAUAUAAUGGACAAAGAAGGUGUCGAUCUCAAAACAUUCAAGCAGGUUUUUGAGAAAGGCAACUUGUUCUCCAGCGGCUGCGUGGUAGAUUAUGCAUCAAGCCUCAUCGUUACAAAGCCAGCGGUUACAAAAACUGCAGUAGAAGAUGGUGGAACCCCAUUGGUGGGCAAGCAGGCACUUGCACCCAAUAUCCCUAUAGGUAUGCGAAUACCGAGCCAUAAGAUUCUCAACCAGUCAGACGGCAGGCCAUGGCACCUCCAAGAACUGCUACCAAGCAAUGGACAGUGGAGAGUUAUCGUUUUCGCCGGAGACUUGCUUGAUCAUGCCCAGUCUCUACGAUUGUCAAACCUUGGGAUGGAAUUACGUUCACCUAACUCUUUCCUCAACCGAUUUCGGCCCAAGGAUAACGAAUCUUCCCUCAGCUCCUUCUUUGAGGUUCUCACCAUUCACUCGUCACCGAGGCAGAAAGUGGAUCUCCUUUCCCUACCAGAAAUAUUUCAUCCUUACUCCUCGGAAUACGGCUGGGAUUAUAACAAAGUCUAUGUUGAUGAUAUGUCAUAUCAUGAAGGACACGGCCAAGCAUAUCAGAACUACGGCAUUGAUCUACAAAAAGGCUGCGUUGUUAUUGUUCGGCCGGAUCAAUAUGUCAGCUGGAUCGGAGAGCUGGAAGAUGUGGCCGAUAUGAAUCGACUCUUCGAGGGCAUAUUUGUAUCAUCCCCUAAGCUGCCAUGA